ACAGUGCAUGUUUUGAAAUAAUUAUGAAAAAUCAAACGCGUUUUAAAAAUGACAUUGUUUUAGUACAGUACAGUAGACUCGGUUCAUUGGUUACACACGAAGAGCGAAAGUAAACAACGUUGUCAUUUAUAAACAUGUUGUGAUUUGUUAUUUUUAAAUAAGCUGGGGUUAAAACAUAAAUAAGGAUUUCAUAAAAGAUCGACUAUAUAGAUAGUACAUGAUGUUUAGGAGGACAACGAAUGAUGAUGAAACCUUGCCAGUGCAUGAGGAGAACUUGACUCUGUUCGAGAGAAUGGAAAGACAAAUAGCAGAGAGAGAGAAAGCUGGCCAAACUACAAAUACAAUAUUUAAACUGAUUGUGUUUAUCAUGAUAUUCCAAUCAACUACAGAACUAUAUGCUUUUAUGCAUUAUAUAAUUCCGUAUGUGUUCCAAGAUUACAGUCCAUGGACAAGAUACUACAUGAAUGUCUUCAUUUGGUAUGUAGUAAUGAAUAUGCUGGCUAACUGGUUUUGUGUAAUGCUAUAUAGCGCAGCAUAUCCAAAGACCAAAGACAAUCCGUAUCUUCGCAUGGAACAACAUGACACAAAUCUUCCCGAUCAUUUUGCAGCACGUAUUGAACAAGCUUCAAGUCAAAGUGGAGCAAAUGGUCACUGUGUAUAUGAUAUGACAACAAAAGAAGGCCUUCCUUGGAAUUUCUGUGACAAAUGUUCAAUGCACGUGCCAUUUCGUACACAUCAUUGUGACAGUUGUAAGGCGUGUAUUCUGAAAAGGGAUCAUCACUGUUACAUGGUCGGAACUUGCAUUGGUUUCAAAAAUCAAAGAUACUGGAUAAUCUUAACGUUUUAUGUAGCGGUUAAUUGCAUUCUCUGUGGUACACUAGUUUUCAAAUAUGUCAGGAAUAUGGUCUGGCCGGAAAUGACAUCAUGGACUGACCUGGUUUUUCCGAUAACAGUAUGGCGAACACUAUUUGGUAGCAUCCCUUCAAUACACUGUAUUUUAAUAUUACAGCUUUAUGUAGACUUAGUGUAUGGAAUGCUUUCUUUUGCAUACUUUAGUAUUCAGAUGUGCAUUACCAUGGAUGGUAAAACAUUGUUUGAAGUGAAUAAGAAAAUACCAGUUCGUAACAUGAACAGUGCUAACCAAAAUAUGAAAUCUGUGUUUGGAGACUUUUGGGGUUUGAACUUCCUAUUUCCGAUGACUCUUGUAUUCCGGCAGAGAGAUGACGGUAUUCACUGGGAUGGUAUAAAACUCGACCAAAACGCAAAUGAAAAUAGAAGAAAAUCUCGCAACAUUUAUUAUCCACAAUAGCUUGACAUGGGCUUAAUUAAGUUAAUUACGCAUACGAAUUAGGGAGGUCGCUAUUUUUUUUUUUGCCAUAAUAUGUAGUAGAUUUAUAUGUUAACACAUUUUGUAUUAUAUGUUUCAUAAUUUCUUUGUAUUAGAUUCAUAUUUUCAUAGCGAAUAAACUUUUAGUAUAGAAAUCUACAUGCGAUUUUACAAAUAUCACGGCUUUGACUAAAGCCGUACAAAUAUCAAGAACCUACAAAGUUAUAUUAAUAUCCUAGGAAAUUCAUCUACUAUACGUGCGCAUGCAAUAGCUUUUACGUUACUACGCAACAGACAGUAAGUGGACAUACCAAAGCCAUUCGUGCGCACGCGAUAGCUAU